AUGGUGCUCAAGGAGCACGAAACCACUGAACAGUUCUGCUUCAUGCUGUCCCCCGGAAUCUACACGAUCUCCGUGAAACCCGCCAAAUUACCGCGGGAAAAUCUGGAAUUGACGUUCACCGAGGCGGAGGUUUCUGUGGGGAACCAGGAGAUUCCCGCGGAAGUGGUGCUGAGCCCGAUCGCGCAGACGAUUUCGGGUCACGUGACCGUAUUGACAGAAUUGGGCCCGAAUUCCGCGGUGGAAUUGGUGAUGGGGACCCAAUCGAUCGGAAGUGUCCCAAUUGACCCGAAACACAAUUUCGAAUUCCAUGGAAUUCUGCCGGGCGAGUACGAAGUGAAACUGUCGAAUUCGAAUGGAUGCUGGGGGAGUUUUAUCGACGGGUCGGCGUACCGCGGGGAUGAGUUCCGUAUCGCGGUGGAUGUGCGGGAAAAGUCCGUUUCGGACCUGGAGUUUCGCCAGACCGGCUACGUGGUUUCCAUCGUUUCCCCGAUUGCCACUCCCGUGGUUCUGCGAUCGGCGGCGGGAAGUCGGUCGAUCUCGAUCCCCGCGGGGACGAGUCGGUUCUGCGUGAGCGGCGCGCGGUACGAAGUGGAAUUGGCGGGUUGCUUCCGCACUCCCGCGGGAAUCGAGGUGGUGUCGCGGGAGCACGCGGAGCUGUCGCUUGUUCCCGCGGUUUUCGCGGUGGAGGGAACGAUUGAGGGCGCGGAAUUGGCGGGAAUGGGCGAAGAAGUUUUGAUUUUGGUGCGCGCGAAGCGGGAAACCGCGGUUCUCGCCGAGACAGUGGCCAAAAAAACGGGCGAUUUGUACCACUAUCAGCUGUUCGUUCCCGCGGGGGAGGUUUCGCUGGAAUUCGGUGCGCCCCAUUCUUCGUUCCUGUUCAUCCCCGCGGUUCUCCCUGUCCACGUGCCGUCGACGCGCUGCAUCCCCGCGGUGGAGCGUGUCGUCGCGCAGCGGGGCCGCGUGGUCGCGGGGCAGAUCAUUCCCGCGGUUUCCGACGUGGAAGUGACGCUGACGCUGGAAUCGGAAAAUAACCGCGAAAUAUCGACGCUGAGCGAUUCCCGCGGGGAAUACCAGUUCCCCGCGAUUCCGUUUUCAUCGCGGUUCCACGUGGCGGCGCGGAAGGAGGGUUACGUGUUCCACGUUUCCCCGGACGGUCUGCACUUUUCCCACCAACAAUUGGGUUCCCUGCGCGUCGUCGCGCGCGAUUUGGCGGGAAACCCCAUCGAGGGCGUUUUAUUGGCGCUCUCCAGCGAAACCGCCAAGCUCACGGGCGUUUCGCGGAGCGACGGUUCCGCGGUUUUCGGUCCCUUGUUCCCGGGGCGUUACUACCUGCACGCGCAGCUGAAGGAGUUCCGGUUCCUCCCCGCGGGGCAGACGGUCGACGUGGCGGAGGGCGACGAGUCGGGCGUUUCAUUGCAGGGGGAGCGAAUCGCGUUCAGCGCGUUCGGGUCGGUCGUUACGCUGACCGGGCAGCCGCUCCCGCGGAAAAAAAUCAUUGCGGAGAGUCCCGCGGGAAUCCGGGAGUCGGCGAGCACGGAUUUGGAGGGAAACUUCCGCGUGCGCGGGCUGAAGCCGGGCGAGCGGUUUUCCCUCCAAGUGCUGGGGGAGGAGCACGUGAUUCCCGCGGUGCAGGAGAUCGAGAUAACCGCGGGGGACGUGCGGGACGUGAAGUUCGUGAGUCUGCGGGAGAGAACCGCGGGGCGCGUGAGCGGCGUGGUGGAGAGCGACGGUGCGAUUCCCGCGGGGAUGAAGGUAGUGGUGGAGGGAAAAGAAGGCCGGAAAACGGGGAAAGUGACGCGUGGCGGGAGUUUCGAAGUGAAGGAGGUGAAGGAGGGAAAAGUGCGAGUGAAGGUGGAGGGCGGGAAGGGAAGGUGCGAAGAAAUCGAGCGGGAAAUUCGGAAGAACGAAGCGAAUCACGUGGUUUUGCAUUGUGAGGCGGAGAAAACCGCGGAAAUGGAGGUUUCGAGCGGCGGUUCUUUUGUGAUUCUGGCGAUAGCGAUGAUCGCACUGUUUGGAUUCAUGGAAAGAGAGUUGUUUUAUUGGAGUGUUUGUUGGAAUCAGGUGGAUUGGGGGAGUGGGGAAAAGGGGAAAAAAGUGGGGGUAACUGGGUUGUGGAAUGAAAAAAAUGAAGAGGAAAUGAAAUGA